AUAGUAAGUCUCUUUCUUUUUACUUUCUUCAUAUUAAUUUUCAAUAGCUACCAAUACCAUACUCAUGCCCACCACCACCCCGAGUUUUACUCAUUCCGGAGCCAUGAAAUCUGUACGUUCGCAGCCACCACUGCCCCCAUUAUGGAGCCCACGACGACCCGCCGUACCGGAUUUACAGGGGUUAGAUUUCCCAGCCGAAUCGGAUUCCCCGCCGGUUAGCAACGACGACGAAAGUGAGUAUUAUGUAUGUAAUGAAUCUAACAAUUGCACCGACGACGAUGGUGAGGGUUAUGAUUCAGAUCCAGAAUAUGAUAACCAGGUCGAUGAAAGCGAGGGUGUAGAUUUCCCAGCCGUACUGGAUUCCCUGCCGGUGAAAGAAGAAAGUGAUAGCAGCAAGGACGGAGGUGAGGAUUAUGUAUCAAAUAAAGAUGACAAUAGCACCAACGACGAAGAUAAGGUUGAUAUUAGUAAUCUGAGGAUAGUCGAGAGUACAGACUAUGAUUUAGUACUAGAACACGAUAAACCUAUGUGGGAGAGCCACUUCAGACAGGUCUACGAGAGCAAGGGUUUUGAUAUUAAAGAUUAUCCUGGGCCUCCUCCGCUGCCUAACUUCUAUCCCCUUGCAAGCUACUUGCGUAUCCGUAAAAAGUAUAGGAUGUUGAAGGGUUAUGCUGAAAGUGCACUUAAGAGAUACCAUGAUGAUACGGGCACCAACCAUGUAAUUGAGGGAAUUCUGAAUGUCAAGAGAGGCGGCUCUCGUGACUACAUUUACUAUCUUAUCUUUUUAGCCAAGACGGAUGAUGAAGAAAGAUACUAUUUUCAAGCUAUGGUGAUCCCAGAUGAAGAGGAUAAUUUGGACUUCCUGGUCGUCAGGAAAAAGGCGGAGAGACGUUGGCGCAGAUGCUAUUGGAUGUAAAUCUCACUAUGUUAUUUGACUGCCUUGUUCAUAUUUUUGUUGGACAUGUUAAAAUAGUAAUGGAUGCUGAGUUUUUCAAAUAUAUUUGAAGUUAUUCUUUUUUUACAAGGUAGAGACCCAUCCGUUGCUUUUUGUUUGUAUAUAGAUUGCACUGUUUUCUGUUUUGAAAUAAUCUGCACUAUGUAGUUUGUUGAUUUUAGUGAAAUAGAUAAAUGUUUUCAUGGAGUUGUUCCAGACACAAA